AUGUCGACGACAGGACCAAACCAAAAAAAGUCUCCGUAUCAUCUCCCGGGCGGGCUGACGGUCAUCAUCUCGGCCGCGGCUGCAGCUACAGCGGGCCCUCCCCGGCGAGAUCGUCAGCCAGCCCGUCUCCCGCGGCCGCUCGUCUUGUCCGCAUCGAGCAGCCUGCUCCGCUGGCACAGGCAGCGUUCGUCCCUGUCGUCGUCCACGUCCACGUCCACGAGGGUCAAACGGGCGGUCCAGGGAUGCCCGGCCGGGUCCCGCAAACGUCGUGGGAGCCCUGCCGCCACCACCACCACCACGGCGGCUUGCACGGCUCCACCACCACCAUCACCUCGAGGAGCAGCAGCCGGCAGCGUAGCGCAGCGCAGGAUGACCCUGGACCCUGGCGAGACAAAGUGGACUGCGGCUUCCCUUUCUGUGGUUCCCGAACGGAGCUGCUGUGGAUGA